GUUUCACUCAAAUAUUGCAGUAUAAUAAUUUUACCUUGAAAUUAUACUCUUAAGUCUCAUUUCUCCGAAACAAGUUGUAGUUUAAUAACUGCAAAUAAAGCAAUUUGUAACAACCCUAAAAGUAUACUAUUAAUAUAUCAAGUCAAGUAAAGGUGUAGUUUUUAAAUGUCAGUCAUGACUCAUGAGUCACUACGUAAACAAUACGAAUUAACUUAAACAUAUAAACUGAUUUAAAGUAAUAUUAAAUAAUAAUAUGUAAUAUUAUGAUUAAAUUCAAUGACAGCCGAAUUAUAGAAAAAAUAGCUGAAUUAUUUUCGUUAGAUAAGAUUGUUUACUAAAAGAUAAUAGCCCAGUCAUCAUGAUAAUGUCCACAUUAAGUUUUGCCAUGCACAUACUUGUCUCGUCUUAUAAAGUGUUGGCCCCAGUUGGUCAAUUAUUAGAAUACGUCCUGCCGUAUCGCAACAUGGCUGCAAAAGCAAUAACUGGAAGUAUCAAUUUCAACACAAAACAUUUAAAAAAAGGUGAUCCUCUUCCACCUUACAAUGGAAAAUUAAGAAUAUACAAUAUGCGUUACUGUCCGUACGCUCAGCGCACGAUUUUGGCGCUAAACGCGAAGCAAAUCGACUAUGAGGUGGUGAAUAUUAAUCUCGUUGAAAAACCGGAAUGGUUGAUAAGGAAGAGUGCUUUGGGUAAGGUACCAUCGAUAGAAAUAAAGGAAGAUGUGUGCAUCUACGAGAGUUUAAUAACAGUAGAAUAUUUAGAUGAGGUGUAUCCUCAGCGACCGUUAUUACCUAAGGAUCCUGUCAAGAAAGCUUUUGACAAAAUAACUGUCGAAACCACCGGAGCUAUUCAGACAAUUUUCUUCAAAGCAGUUACAGCACCAGAUACCAUUACUGACGAGACAGUGAAAGCAUAUCAUAGAGCUUUAAAGUUUAUUGAGGAUCAGUUAAAAAGUCGUGAUACUACAUUUUUGGGUGGAGCUGAGCCAGGUUAUGCCGAUUAUAUGAUUUGGCCGUGGUUUGAAAGGGUGCAGGGCUAUAAAAAUGGUGAUCAUCGAAUCAAAAUAGAUCCACUUAAAUAUCCAUUAUUGAUGCAGUAUAUAGAUAACAUGCUUAAAGAUCCAGCAGUGAGUCAGUAUCUAAUACCUAAUGACAUUAUGGAGAAAUUUGUCAAUGGCUACAAACUUGGAUGUCCUAAUUAUGAGCUACUUAAUGAAAAUUAAUUACUUGAUAUUACACAUUUAAAAAUGGCAAAAACAAAUGAACCACACUUUAAUAUAGCAUUGUAUCAAUAUAUAAUAUAUAUAUAUUAAAUAAUUUGGGUUAUUUGUUGAUAGCAUAAUUAUUCAAGGCCAUCAUAACAUUAUACAUUAAAUAACUCGAUCGAUUUGUUUUAUAAUUUCCUGGUCGACGAGGACGACGAUUGUCGUCUCGUAGGUCAUCAUUCGAUAUCCCCGAUUCCACGAACCGAACAUUCUCCACCGCAAGCUUUGGAUCUUAGUUAUGCUGCGGCGGACACCUGAAAGUUUUUGUGACCAAACGGGCGUCGCGGUAGAGGGCCAUUGAUCGUACGACAUCAGCAUAAAGGCGGUGAAAUUAUACCCUCGAUCCCCCGAGAUUUAGUUUACGCAUGGCACCUCCUACCUUCGGAUCCGGAAGAAGAUAAAUCUCUCCUAUCUUUUUGAAGCCCCAGUGACUGUCCAAGGUCCAAACCUAGAUGUUUGAGUCACAUAGUUUAGAAUUCUAGACCAACAAAUCAGAAUAAAGCAUACAGAGGUACAAGGUACAUGGGCCUGUACAUAUUGUACUUUAUGAUUCUAAAAUUUAAAAAAAAGCCUAGAUUCUGAAUCAUCUAUGAUUAGGGUGCAAACUUACAAUUCAUAACUUAUAAUUCAUCUUGUGCUCAAUGGCGAAGGACAACAUCGUGAGGAAAGCUGCAUAUGUAUAAAUUUCUUCUUCCACAUGUGUAUCUACCAACCAUAUACAGAAGUAAGGACCUCUUCAAAAGAAAUAUGUUACUUUACUUUUUUGUCUCUAAAAUAUAGUCAGGAUUUUUACUUACUUAUCUUAUCACCAUUUGAGUAGAAAAUGUGCUUUUCUGGUUUAACAUUUUGUUUACAUGUCCGUUUAUGUAUUUUUUUAUAAACAAAGUUAUUUUUACUAUCUAAAGUGAUAUUUGUAUUAUAUUAUUUAUUUGAUUGUUAUUUUGAAAUUGUAUAUGUAUGUUAAAAACAUUAUAUUUUUCUUAAAAUUGAUUUAGAUAUUUUAAAGUAAACAUAAAUUUCAGAAUUUAGGUCAAGAUAACCAAACUGACUUAAUCAGCAGUACAUGUCGUUUGAGUGUCACUGAAAAUAUAAACAACGUAAACAUCUUAUUCGUAAUGAUCUAUCAUUUUAGUAAAUAAAAAUAUACAGCUACAA